UGCGCGGUGUCGCUUGAUUGCGCUGGUUCCCGUGGAAGGGCCACAGAGAGACGCAUGAGAGGCAACAAGAGAUGUCGCCUCGAGCACCUCAUAUAACAUUGUUUACUGCAGUAUCAUCCUUACCCAAGGCAAUGCAGCAGCCACACUCAGGUACUGUAUUGGCGGCCACUGCCAUGGUGCGAUGUACCUGGUACAGUGCGCACCUUCCUGAGGUGGAGUGUAUGGGCAUUACUGUACAGGCUCAGGACGGGCCGGAUGAGUUCAUGGAUUGUCGUCGCCAUAUCCCGCACACCUCCUGCGGCGCCAAUCCAGGUGGCAUGCAUGACAUGAAAUCCGACAUCCGCGGCGCAACACCUCUGGAAACUGUCACGUUGUUGAUGGGCCGGAUGAGUUCAUGGAUUGUCGUCGCCAUAUCCCGCACAUCUCCUGCGGCGCCAAUCCAGGUGGCAUGCAUGACAUGAAAUCCGACAGCCGCGGCGCAACACCUCUGGAAACUGUCACGUUGUUGAUGGGCCGGAUGAGUUCAUGGAUUGUCGUCGCCAUAUCCCGCGCAUCUCCUGCGGCGCCAAUCCAGGUGGCAUGCAUGACAUGAAAUCCGACAGCCGCGGCGCAACACCUCUGGAAACUGUCACGUUGUUGAUUGGACAAAAUUCGUAACGGUAACAAAUCAAAACGUUGAUACUUGGAA